GUUUGUGAUCACUUCUGUCCCAGACUGAUCUUCAGGUGGUUGAGAGAAAGAAGAGAUAUUUCUCUGGAACAAACCAAAUCCAGUCGGACUAUUUUUGUGCAUUUUCCUUUUGCGGAUCACUGAGCAAAUAAAGCCUGCAAACAUGCCUGUGUCAAGGAUGAGGAUGAGGCCGUGGCUGGAGAAGAUGAUCGAGUCCAACUCCAUCUCGGGUCUGCAUUGGGUGGACAAGGAUAAGACGAUGUUCUCAAUUCCCUGGAAGCAUGCAGCUCGACAUGGCUGGGAGAUGGACAAGGAUGCAUGUCUGUUCAAACAAUGGGCCAUCCACACAGGGAAAUACGCAGAGGGCCAGGACAGUGACCCGAAGACGUGGAAGGCCAACUUCCGCUGUGCAAUGAACUCACUGCCUGACAUUGAAGAGGUGAAAGACAAGAGCAUCAACAAGGGCCACCAAGCCAUGCGCGUCUUCAGGAUGCUGCCUGCCACUCCAAAAUCUAGAGACAAACGAAGCAAAGGAAAGGAAGCAAAGUUAAGGAAGAAGAGCUCAAUGGUCAAGAUGGAGGAAGACUCGGACUACAGUGAUACCCAGUCUCCCAUGGAUGCGUCACUGAUGGAUGAGACCGAGUCCACUCAGGAAAACACAGUCGACAGCACAGUGCAAACCGGGCAGGAAGGUCUGAGGUGUGUGACUCCCUCUGAAGUGCCUGACUGGUCUCUUUCAGUUGAGAUUGGGCCCGGCAGCCUCACAAACACCUGCUUCCAGAGGUUUGAAGUUUCACCUGAUCGCAGCUUCGACGGGAGCUUAGCCGACGACAUAAUCGAGAUCUGCGAGCAACUGGAGAGAGACUCACACUGGAUGUUUAGCAGUUUAGACGGCAGGGGGUUCCUGAGCAAUGAAGCACACACCAGUCCUAGUGGGAGCCAGUGGAGUGAUUCUUCCUCAGUCGAUGGAGUAGAAGAAUGUCCGUGUUACACAAAUCUGGGUUCAGAUUUCUUAACCCCCUCAAACGAUACCUGGAACAGCUAUAACAAAACAUACUGCCUCUGAGGGCCUCAGGACAGGACAGGACAAGGCUUUUACACUUUGGACUUUAAAAGCUGUUCCUUUCUGCCCACCAAUCACCCCCCAUCCUUAUCAACCAUCAACACCCCUCCAGUCUGUGACAGGUGGCUUCCACACUUUAAGCUAAAAUUCCACACCCGUCUCCCAACUGCAUGUACCGUGUGUCUGACAUUUGGUACCAGUUCGUGGAGCUUUCCUCAUCUCCCUCAACCUCUAUGUGAAGUUAUGAAGAGAAGAUUUGAAGUGCACUGCUGUUAAAAGACAUGCUGUUCAUUGUCUCUGUUUUUGGCUGGUUCAAGGCAUUGUGGUGCUCAGCUUUUUGGGAUGUUGAGCUGUGAUUAGACAUAAAUCAGUUUUGCUCAGGCAAGGUAUUUACAUUUUCAUACUAAUCUAUGAAUACAUGCAAGCUAGUAAGUACUUAACCUCAUAAAUACAUUCAGUACACUUCACAUUUGAUAGAAAGAUAAUGUACAGUGUAAAAUAAUUCUCACAUUAAAUCAUUUUCUUCUCCGUUAUACAUGUGAAAUUUAGUUAAAGGAUGACAUUUUGUCUAAUUACCCUCUUAACUCUCAACUUCUGUUAAAAGUUCCACUUCAGAAUUUUUUUUCUGCUUAUUGCAAGUUCAGAAAGUUUCUGUAAAUAGCUGUUUUUGUCUGUGUGUUUUUUUAUAAAAUAAAAGAAGUCUAUUGUUAAAAUGUGAA